UUUUAUGAACUUUUAGGAAAACAGAGGAAUGUGCGUUUCUGCCGAAGAAGAGUUGUGGAGACGCUUGAGAUAUCCGUGGAAAGAAAAUAGAUCACAUAUGAAAGUGAUGAACUACAAACACCGAGGUUCAGACAAUCUCUGGGUCGCUGAUGAUUGAAAAAUACAAUCUUGUGCAGCUAUACAAUGUUACAGUUUGUCUUAGAGUAAUUUGCAUCCACGGUUGGCCGAAAGAAUGGUUUCAACGAAUGCCGUCUAAUUGUUUGUAAACGGCGAAUGCAAAAGGACGCGACGGCUUCGCUCAGAACGAUGUCCCUUAAUAACGAGAAGGAGGGAGACGUGGGUAAGUUUUCAGCAACAGGCUCAAACGAUGACGGCAAAAAGUCAAAGGGAAUCAGAGAAUGUGUGGUAAAUGACAAGGUGGUCUGCCGUGUUUGCAAACAUUUCUAUCGGGACCCCAAAAUUCUGCCAUGUCUGCACACGUUCUGCGCCGAAUGCAUCCGUCAGCUUGAACCGUUCUCCGUGUCGGGAAUAAACGGCAAAGCGGCUUUAUCGCAGGAGCCGCCGUAUCUCCGCGAUCAGCAUGCGGUCACGAUACUGUGCCCGGAAUGCGAUUCCGAAGUGGACCUACCGCCGACCGGCGUAGACGGGUUAACCCCGGACCACCUGGCGCUGGACGAAGUGUUUUUGGAAACGCUGCUCAGUGAAAACUGCGAGCUCGUCUGCGAUCUGUGCAACGAGGGCGACGCCGAGAAGCGGUGCGCGGUGUGCAGCGUCAACCUCUGCGAGUUCUGCUGCCAGGCUCACAGGAGGCAGAAGAAGACCUCAUCCCAUCCCGUCCAGCGUCUGCAGGACCUGAAGGCGCAGGGCAGGCUCUCCCGGCCCCUGCUGUGCACGCUGCACGCCGGCGAGGAGCUCCGCCUCUUCUGCGACUCCUGUGACCUGGCCCUGUGCAGGGAGUGCGCCGUGGCGGGCCACCGCGACCACCAGUGCGGCUACGCGCACGACGUGGUGCACCGGCACGGCGACCGCAUCCGGCAGCUGCUGCGCGGCGUGCAGCCCCGUCUGGGCCGGCUGGAGGAGGCGCUACGCGCGGUGGAGCGGGCGCAGGGCGCCGUGCAGGCCCGCGCCGACGCCGUGGCGCACGACGUGCAGGCCUUCUGCCGCGGCUACACGCGGGCGCUGGAGGCGCACUGCCAGGUGCUGCUGCGGCGGGUGGAGGCGGUGCGGGCGCAGAGGAGCACGCAGCUGCACCUGCAGAGGGCGCAGCUGGAGCAGGCGCUAACGGACGCGCGCACCGGCGUGGACUUCGCCGAGCGCCUGCUCACCUGCGGCUCCGAGGUGGAGAUCCUGAGCGCCAAGGGGGUGACGGCGCGGCGGCUGGCGCGGCUGGCGGAGGCGGAGUACAACCUCCACCCCGCCGUCGCCAUCGACGACGGCAGCCUCUGUUUCCUGCCCCAGGAGAGUGCCGGGGAGGUGGGGGGGUUCCCCAUGUUUGGCGUGAUCCACGCCAAGACGGUGGACCCCAGCAAGUGUGUCAUCCAAGGGGAAGGCCUGCAGCGGGGGAGAGAGGGCCAGCGGGGGGAGUUCACCCUGGUCUGCAGAGACUCCUCUGGAGAGCCCAUGGGGAAGGGAGGGGAGGCUGUGAUGGUCAGCAUCGUUCAUAAGGACAGGAAAGACUGCACGGUGGACUCGAUGGUGACAGACAAUGGCGACGGAUCUUACAGCGUCUCCUACACCCCCACGGAGCCUGGGCUAUACUCUGUAUGGGUCUGUGUCAAAGCCCAGCACGUCAAGGGGUCACCCUUCAUCCUGACGGUGAGGAGGAAGUUCCGGCGUCACCAAGGAACCUUCCACUGCUGCUCCUUCUGCUCCAGCGGGGGGGUGAAGGAGGCACGCUGCAACUGCGGGGGCACCAUGCCAGGUGGCUACCAGGGCUGCGGUCAUGGGCACAAGGGCCAUCCAGGGAAGCCCCACUGGUCGUGCUGUGGGAGUGUGGUGGAGGGCUCGGAGUGUGUGGCCCUGGGUAUGGGACUGGGCUCUCCUCGCUCCCCCCGCAGCCGGCUCAGGACUGUGGAGCUCUAACAGCCUGCAGGGGGCAGCACACAGCCA